AUGAAGAUGCUUCGGGUCGACACAGAAGAGGAGCUUUCCAUCACAUCGGCGGAAACGCAGCCUCACAACAAGAAGCGCAAGCCUGCAGGCUUCGUGAUAAAGCCGCUUCCAGUCUACAAUCAAUCGCUUUUGGACGAUCAUCGUGCGGAAAAAGUUGCCCGUGCUCGCGUGGAUACAGAGGAAUCACAAUUGGCUAUUAAUGGGCGGCAGAAGCGCACGAGAUACGCAACCGCCAUGCUCCAAAAUGGGGAGGAAAGUGCUGUACGCGGCCAGAGAGAACAGGAGAUGUGGGAAAGAGCCGCUCUGCAAAACCUGUUUGGUAUCGACACAGAGGAAGACGAGCUCAAAGAGAUCAAGGUAUCUGGCCAGGAGAUGAAGAUGCUGAAGAUGGAGUCAGUAGCAAUGACGGUUCUGAUGAUGUCGGGGUGUAAUAUGGUUGAGCUUACUAAAAAGAAGAUAGCUAUGUUCUGGAAUGAAGUCUACGUUGCAACGAGAAUAGCGAUAAGUUCUGAUCUUUGUAAUGAAGUCUUGGAGGAAACACAACAUUUGGACUUUAAGCCUAUUUUUCGUAAGGUUAACUCGGAAAAAUUGGAUCGCUUCCGUCUACAAGCUUCGAUACCUGUUAGUGGAGCUGCUAUGGGAGAAAUUCAUGAAGUUAUUGCGUCUACUGUUGGGGAAGCAAACCCUAACUGGGCAAUUAAAGAGAGCUCUUGGAAAGCACUUAAGUCGCUACCCGAAGAAAGGUGCACGGGUGAAGAAGAAGAAGAAGAAGAAGAAGAAGAGAAAGAAGAGGAAGAAGAAGACGGCGGCGAUGAGAGUGGCAGCAGCGGGGAAGACACCGUAGUGUUCGACACGGAACGUAGCAAUGAAGAAGAGAGCGAGUACAGUGGGGAGGAGUGUAAUGAAGACGAAGAGUAG